AUGAUCGCAAUUCGCCGGUUCUACAGCUUAGAACGCUGCCUACAACGAGAUGACUCCACCAAAAUGGCCUACCACAAAUUCAUCGAAGAAUACGCACAACUUGAACACAUGUUUAAGAUAGAUCCUGUCGUCGAUAACAAACCACACUGCUAUCUGCCACAUCACCCGGUCUUCAAGGAAGCCAGCACAACCACCAAGGUACGCGUGGUAUUCGACGCUUCUUGCAAGACCACAUCCGGGUAUUCGCUGAACGAUAUGCUGCUCGUCGGUCCGGUCGUUCAACAGGAUCUGCUGUCCAUAACCCUUCGAUUCCGUACAAAGGCCAUCGCUCUUGUGGCGGACAUUGAAAAAAUGUACCGUCAAGUUAAUUUACAUCCCGAUGAUCAGCCCUUUCAUCGAAUCCUUUGGAGGGAGAACCCUUCUGAACCGUUGGAUACUUACGAACUCCGCACCGUUACUUACGGAACCGCUUCAGCUUCGUACCUGGCAACUCGUGUUUUGAAGCAGUUAGCCAUUAAUGAAGGAGAUAGGUUCCCAGUCGCAGCCGAAGCCAUCGAUGACUACUACAUGGAUGAUUUACUAUCCGGUGCCAACGAUCUAGAGUCCGCUAUACAAAAACGCCGCCAGAUGUUCGCGGUGUGUCAGUCUGCCGGAUUUCAGCUGAGAAAGUGGGCUUCUAACAACCGAUCGGCUCUUGUAGACGUUCCAUCUGAAGACCUUGCCAUCGAUCCACUGCAUGACUUGAACGAAGAUCAAUCGGUAUCGACUCUCGGCCUAAGGAAGGUAAUCUCCUACAUAGCGAGGAUUUUCGAUCCGCUGGGCCUCGUCGGACCAGCUAUAACACUGGCCAAGCUGUUCAUGCAACAGUUGUGGCGACUUAGAUCAGAAAAGGACGAACCGUACGAUUGGGAUCGGCAUCUGCCUUCGAAGCUGCAGGAGGAGUGGAAGAAGGUCCAUGAAACGUUCUACAUUUUAGCCGACAUCCGAAUUCCUUGGUUUGUCAACGGAUUUGCAGAUUGUUCGAUCCAGCUCCAUUUCUUCUGUGACGCAUCUGAUGCUGCAUAUGGAUCUUGUUGCUUCGUUCGUUCCAAAUUUGCUGGCGAAAUCAGAGUGCGGUUGUUGACCUCCAAAUCCAAGGUUGCUCCUUUGGCCAAGAAACAUUCGAUUGCACGUUUGGAGCUAUGCGCAGCUGUUCUAUCCACAAAGUUGUUCCGGAAGGUACAAGGCGCGAUUGGGUCAUCAGAACACGUUUAUUUCUGGUCUGACUCAACCACAGUCCUCCAAUGGUUGAGGUCGCCACCGCAUCGAUGGAGAACCUUUGUUGCCAAUCGCGUUACUGCUAUCCAGACUGGCGCUGAAGGUCUCAAUUGGAGACACGUCCCGGGAGUGCAGAAUCCAGCCGACCUGUCGUCGUCAUCGGAAUAUUGGCCACGAUGUGUUUUGCCGGAGAAUGAUUCACCAGAGGUCGCUGAAGAAAGUCAUUCUGUCAGUUCAGCUGCCACCGUUUCCGAAAAAGAGGAUUUUGCAGACCAGCUGUUCACUCGGUAUUCAACGUUCAAGCGACUCAACCGGGUAACAGCCACUUGUAUCAAAUACAUCAAGGCACUCCAAGCUGCAGCUAUAAGGAGGAAAAAUCAACUAGUUACGCCGUUCCCUACACCCAAUGAGUUAGCGAUCGUCUACCUUUCAGCUGAAGAUUUAGCCGAGGCGGAUCGUGCGCUGCUCCGAUUAGCCCAGUCACAGCUACAUAUACGCGGAAGAGCUAUCCGAGUUCCAAAACCCCAACCGUACAAGAAAUCCGUUGUCGUCGCAGUUACGAUACCUACGUCCUUUCCUCUGUGA